AAUGAAUUCUCUUUAUUCCCUCUGUUUUCAGGUGUCAGAUGAGUCAGUAAAGGCGUUUGCAGAGCACUGUCCGAGUCUCCAGUAUGUUGGAUUUAUGGGCUGUUCUGUUACAUCUGAAGGUGUCAUACACCUUACUAAGGUAAUUGGAACAAAAAUACACAUUAUUUCAACUGUUACCAGUAUAUUAUUGUUAGCAUGAUUAUUAUUUAAACGGUUUGCUUUGAACUGUGGCCUUAUAUACUCCAUAUAUUAAAAUCAGGAUUUCCCAAGUAAGCAAUUUAAUCUCAUAAGAGCAGGCAUUAUGUUACUAGAACAGAACCUGCAACAAUGGGGUACAUUGGUCUUGUGGUAGGCAGAAUGCAAUGUAAGAUCCUAUACUGUAACUUAAUACCCAAUAUUUUUGCCCAUCGGGUUAAAAAAAAAACCCUGAAAUUUUGUGAGCUUUGAAGUUGUAGUUUAGUGUGUGGCUGCAGUGGAUAUUGCAUUUUAUAUUAACAACCUUAUAAUGUAUGUAUGUUCAGGUGAGUGCAGCUCGAUAGGGCACUGUCGUGUGGCGUUUUAGCUCUGGAGGAGAUAUUAGUGGAAUAGGCAACCUAAUCUAUUGUCUAUAUAAUGGGGGUUACUUCAUUCGUAUUGCACCCCUUUAUUUAUUUUCUGCUUAGUAACAUUCUACUCCCUAACUACUGAGUCUUAGUAACAUUCUACUCCCUAACUACUGAGUCUUAGUAACCUUCUACUCCCUAACUACUGAGUCUUAGUAACAUUCUACUCCCUAACUACUGAGUCUUGGUAACAUUCUACUCCCUAACUACUGAGUCUUAGUAACAUUCUACUCCCUAACUACUGAGUCUUAGUAACAUUCUACUCCCUAAACUACUGAGUCUUAGUAACAUUCUGCUCCCUAACUACUGAGUCUUAGUAACAUUCUACUCCCUAACUACUGAGUCUUAGUAACAUUCUACUCCCUAACUACUGAGUCUUAGUAACCUUCUACUCCCUAACUACUGAGUCUUAGUAACAUUCUACUCCCUAACUACUGAGUCUUGGUAACAUUCUACUCCCUAACUACUGAGUCUUAGUAACAUUCUACUCCUUAACUACUGAGUCUUAGUAACAUUCUACUCCCUAAACUACUGAGUCUUAGUAACAUUCUGCUCCCUAACUACUGAGUCUUAGUAACAUUCUACUCCCUAACUACUGAGUCUUAGUAACAUUCUACUCCCUUACUACUGAGCCUUAGUAACAUUCUACUCCCUUACUACUGAGUCUUAGUAACAUUCUACUCCCUAACUACUGAGUCUUAGUAACAUUCUACUCCCUAACUACUGAGUCUUAGUAACAUUCUACUCCCUAACUACUGAGUCUUAGUAACAUUCUACUCCCUAACUACUGAGUCUUAGUAACAUUCUACUCCCUAACUACUGAGUCUUAGUAACAUUCUACUCCCUAACUACUGAGUCUUAGUAACAUUCUACUCCCUAACUACUGAGUCUUAGUAACAUUCUACUCCCUAACUACUGAGUCUUAGUAACCUUCUACUCCCUAACUACUGAGUCUUAGUAACAUUCUACUCCCUAACUACUGAGUCUUAGUAACAUUCUACUCCCUAACUACUGAAUCUUAGUAACAUUCUACUCCCUAACUACUGAAUCUUAGUAACAUUCUACUCCCUAACUACUGAGUCUUAGUAACAUUCUACUCCCUAACUACUGAGUCUUAGUAACAUUCUACUCCCUAACUACUGAAUCUUAGUAACAUUCUACUCCCUAAACUACUGAGUCUUAGUAACAUUCUACUCCCUUACUACUGAGCCUUAGUAACAUUCUACUCCCUUACUACUGAGACUUAGUAACAUUCUACUCCCUAAACUACUGAGUCUUAGUAACAUUCUACUCCCUAACUACUGAGUCUUAGUAACAUUCUACUUCCUAACUACUGAGUCUUAGUAACAUUCUACUCCCUUACUACUGAGUCUUAGUAAUAUUCUACUCCCUAAACUACUGAGUCUUAGUAACAUUCUACUCCCUAAACUACUGAGUCUUGGUAACAUUCUACUCCCUAACUACUAAGUCUUAGUAACAUUCUACUCCCUAACUACUGAGUCUUAGUAACAUUCUACUGCAUAACUACCGAGUCUUAGUAACAUUCUACUCCCUUACUACUGAGUCUUAGUAACAUUCUACUCCCUAACUACUGAGUCUUAGUAACAUUCUACUCCCUUACUACUGAGUCUUAGUAAUAUUCUACUCCCUAAACUACUGAGUCUUAGUAACAUUCUACUCCCUAAACUACUGAAUCUUAGUAACAUUCUACUCCCUAAACUACUGAGUCUUAGUAACAUUCUACUCCCUAAACUACUGAGUCUUGGUAACAUUCUACUCCCUAACUACUAAGUCUUAGUAACAUUCUACUCCCUAACUACUGAGUCUUAGUAACAUUCUACUGCAUAACUACCGAGUCUUAGUAACAUUCUACUCCCUUACUACUGAGUCUUAGUAACAUUCUACUCCCUAACUACUGAGUCUUAGUAACAUUCUACUCCCUUACUACUGAGUCUUAGUAAUAUUCUACUCCCUAAACUACUGAGUCUUAGUAACAUUCUACUCCCUAACUACUGAGUCUUAGUAACAUUCUACUCCCUAACUACCGAGUCUUAGUAACAUUCUACUCCCUAACUACUGAGUCUUAGUAACAUUCUACUCCAUAACUACCGAGUCAUAGUAACAUUCUACUCCCUAACUACUGAGUCUUAGUAACAUUCUACUCCCUAACUACUGAGUCUUAGUAAUAUUCUACUCCCUAAACUACUGAGUCUUAGUAACAUUCUACUCCCUAACUACUGAGUCUUAGUAACAUUCUACUCCCUUACUACUGAGUCAGUUCAUGGUAUAUGUCACUGCCAAGGUAAAAGUGACUGCAUCGUUUUGUUGAAGGCUUUCAAGGUAACUUUGAUUUACAGCUGAAGUUUUUUCAUUUUCUACCGGAGUCUCCUUUAAACAGCAGAACUCCCAUUGAGUUUACAGUGAUUCGCAUCCAACUCAUUAGGAGCUGCACUCUGGGGAGAUUCUGCCCAGAUAAAUUUUAAAUGUUACCGUUUCUAACGAGUUGUAUUUAGUGAGUACCCUAGCUGGUAAUUGUUUGAAAAUCAUUUAUGUGUACCAGUUCAAGAAUAGCUUACGUAGUGAAAAAUGCCUUGGUGUUUUUAAUUCUCAGAGCUCCUAACUUCCUUUCACUACUUCUCAUGUUUCUGGCUUCUCUAAUCUAUCGAACUGGACAUCCUGUUUCUCCAGCCCUGCAUACUGGUAGGUAUCUUCUGUAAGGUUGAAGAAGGCCAUGCACUUUAGACAGACACUGUAGGCACCCAGACUGGUCAUCUCAUUAAAGUGGUCUGGGAGCAGUGUCCCUGUCCCCUUUUUGCAGUUUUUUCUUUUUUUUUUUUUGUGACCAUUUAUAUUGAGUUUAUACAUUGUGAUACUUUUCAAUACUUUUCAAUAGCGCAAAAAAUUUAUUUUCACCGUAACACAUACAAUAGGAUCAAUGUACGCUGGGGACAAUUAUCACAUCAAACAUUUACAAACACUGCAUUCAUCUCUGAAUGUUCUAAUAUCGUCUGUAAGCAUCCUAGAACAACUAAUUUCAUAUAGUAUUCCAGGAUUACAGUAUUUCGCCCAAAAGGACUCUUUCCUGCAUUUGUCUGUAUUUUUCACACAAGUAAAGAGUCAGAUCAUAAAGAGACCCAGAUACAGUAACAUGAAACAAUAAAACAAAAUGAAAACAUAAAAUACUUAAUGGAACAAACAAAGAAGCGAAAAGUUAACUUGUCCAAUGCAGCGGCCUGUUAAAACAUUGCAGUUUUAGAGAAAUUAAAGGCUAAGAUUGCCUCUGUCUCAUGUAGUUUGACUCCGUGAUACACGCUUUGCAUGAGGACAUCCAGUGUCUAAGAAAACCCCGUAGGAAAGCAUUGAUGCAACUCUUUCUUAUGGGGGAAGGCCUAAUGCGUGCAUAUCGCUCGCCGUGCAUACGCAUUAGGUCCCCCCAAUGGGCUGACGUUGGAAGAGGCAGAGCGCAACCCAGCACUGAGGGACAUCCGCACUGGAAUCGGGUAGGUGAAUAAAGGGUUACUUAACCUUUUACAUUGCUGAGGUUGGUGUUAGGCAGAGGAACAAGUUAGUGUUAGAAAUACAUUUUUCUAUUGCGAACACUAAAGUUUCCUUUAACUAUGUUCCCAAUUUUCAACAGCCACUUGAUAGAUGUUUGGACAUCUAAGCAAGCUUAUUACACGAAUCAGGACCAACCGCUAAUACAAAACAAAGGUGAAGUACAAACAGGUUUUGUGUAGUCUAGAAAUCUCGACAAAUAUCCACCUUUGUCAUCAGUCUUGUGAUGUAGGUUCUGUAUUCCAGAUGGAAGCACAAUAUGUGUCUGUUAAAGUUUUCGAGAGUCUUAUUGUAUAAAUUCAAUUUAUGGCACACAGAUUUAAAUAAUCUGUUUUCAUGAUUCAUAUUCUUAGUUUCUAGCAACUGCCACUUCAUUGACUUGCAACCGAUACAGAGCUGUUUUUCAUGUUCUUGAGAAUACAUUUUUUGUCUGAACAGCCAUUCUCUGCUAUUCCUUAUCUGCUGAAAGUUUGAAUGCAUUUUUAUGAACCCUAGAAAAUGACAUUACACGGGAAAGCUGAGAAACACUGAGUACUAAAAUACCUGAAUCCUUAUUACGGUUUGUGGAAUUGCACAAAGACUACAAGUGUUUAUUACAAAAUCACGCUAUUGUCUUUAAAACAAAACAUUUUCAUUUCCUUUAUAUACAUUAAGUAGAGGUUAAUAGCCUAUAGAAAUUAUGAAGUCUUAGCUGAAUUAGUCUUUUAUGCAUACAGUGAUGGAAAAAAUAAUUUGAUCCCCUGCUGAUUUUGAAUGUUUGUCAACUGACAAAGAAAUGAUCAGUCUAUAAUUUUAAUGGUAGGUGUAUUUUAACAGAGACAGAAUAACAACAACAACAAAAUCCAGAAAAACGCAUGUCAAAAAAGUUAUAAAAUGAUUUGCAGGUCAAUGAGUGAAAUAAGUAUUUGAUCCCCUAUCAAUCAGCCAGAUUUCUGGCUCCCAGGUGACUUUUAUACAGGUAACGAACUGAGAUUAGGAGCACUCUCUUAAAGGGAGUUCUCCUAAUCUCAGCUCGUUACCUGUAUAAAAGACACCUGUCCACAGAAGCAAUCAAUUCCAAACUCUCCACCAUGGCCAAGACCAAAGAGCUGUCCAAGGAUGUCAGGGACAAGAUUGUAGACCUACACAAGGCUGGAAUGGGCUACAAGACCAUCGCCAAGCAGCUUGGUGAGAAGGUGACAACAGUUGGUGUCCAGAACUACAUGGGAGGAUCUUGUUAAUGAUAUCAAGGCAGCUGGGACCAUAGUCACAAAGAAAACAUUUGGUAACACACUACACCCGAAAGACUGAAAUCCUGCAGUGCCCUUGCUCAAGAACGCACAUGUACAGGCCCGUCUGAAGUUUGCCAAUGAAUAUCAGAAUGAUUCAGAGGAGAACUGGGUGAAAGUGUUGUGGUCAGAUGGCUUUAUUUCUCAUGGUAGCUCUGUUUGGAAUGGAGAUAAGCUGUACAAAAAAGAUGGUUUGCAUCUUUCUCAAAAGGGAACAAAUGUUCUCAGUGAGCAGUUCAGAGGUUUUGCUAGGAUGUAUUUAAACUAGGGGGGGGGGGGAAAGGGUGAUAAAACAUCAAUCCAAUUGUCCCCCAAAACAAGGAUAGAAGGUGCCUGUAUCAAGUGUGUUAAAAAAUGAUAAGCUUAGAGUCAUGUCUACAAAUGCUCGCAGUUUAGGGAAUAAGAUCCAUGAACUUGUGGCAAUAAUGGCAACUGAUAGUGUAGAUUUAGUCGCUGUUACUGAGACAUGGUACAAUGAGAAAAUGACUGGGACAUAGCAAUACCAGGGUACUCUUUAUAUAGGAAAGAUAGGGAAGGCAAGAAAGGGGAGGGGUGGCCUUGUAUGUGAAGGAUAGCAUAAAAUCUAGCCUAAUAAAAGUUAGUGAGGCAAACAUAGAGUCCGUUUGGGCUACGUUAGAAUUUGGUAAUCACACAGUAACUCCUGUAGGUGUGAUUUAUAGGCCCCCAGGACAAAUUGAAGAGUUAGAUAAUCUACUAGUUGAGGAAAUAGCUAAAAUGACAAUGAAGGGGGAAGUUAUCAUGGGUGACUUUAAUCUUCCUGAUGUAAAUUGGAAAACAAAAUUAGCUACUUGUGCCAAGAGCACACAUAUUCUAAACUCCCUACUGGGAUUGUCUCUAAAACAAGUUGUUGAGGAGCCAACUCGUAAAGAGGCCAUACUAGAUUUAGUGUUAACAAAUGGAGAUUUGGUAUCAGAUGUUACUGUAGGUGAAAGUUUAGAAUCCAGUGAUCAUCAGUCAGUGUGGUUUAAUAUAAGAACAGUGACUGAGUCACACCACACAAAAACAAAAGUUUUAGACUUUAGAAAGACAGACUUUUCUAAAAUUAGAAUAUGGGUAGAGGAGUCAUUAUCAGACUGGAGCAAUUUAAAUGGAGUCCAAGAGAAAUGGGAUUAUUUAAAAGUUGCACUAUUGAAGGCAACAGAAAAUUGCAUUAGGCUUGUCAGUAAAAGCAAAAAAAUUCAAGAAACCAGUGUGGUACAUCUGGGCCUCAGAUGUGGCCAAAAUAGUUAAAAACAAAAAGUUAGCAUUUAGGAAUUAUAAAAAAACCCAGAGUUAGGAAGACAAAAUGAUCUAUAAGAUUAGGCAGAAAGAGGCUAAGCAAGUUAUAAGAGCUUCCAAAUCACACACAGAAGAGAAAAUAGCACAGUCAGUAAAAAAGGGGGAUAAAACAUUUUUAGAUACAUAAAUGAGAAAAGAAAAGUAAAACAAGGAUUAGUUAGAUUAAAAACAAAAGAAGGAAGAUAUGUAGAAGAGGAUAAAGGUCAGGCUGACUGCCUCAAUGAAUAUUUUUGUUCUGUAUUUACAGAUGAAAAUGAAGGAAAGGGACCUCAGUUGAGAAAAAGGAUAAAUGACUCAUUUAUUACACGUGAGUUUACAGAGGAAGAGGUUCUAUUUCAACAGUCAAAAGUAAAGACAAAUAAGUCAAUGGGACCUGAUGAAAUGCACCCAAAGCUAUUAAAAGAGCUUAGUGGUGUACUAGCAAAACCAUUAACAGAUUUAUUUAACCAAUCAUUGUUAACAGGAGUAGUCCCAGAAGAUUGGAAGUUAGCUAAUGUUGUGCCCAUUUACAAGAAAGGUAAUAAGGAGGAGUCGGGCAACUAUAGGCCAGUAAGCCUUACUUCAGUAGUGGGGAAAGUGAUGGAAACCAUGUUAAAGGAUAGGAUUGAUGAACAUCUAAAAACACAUGGAUUUCAAGAUCAGAGACAACAUGAGUUUACUUCAGGGAGAUCAUGCCAAACUAAUCUUAUUGAUUUUUUUGAUUGGGUAACUAAAAUUAUAGAUCAGGGUGGUGCAGUAGACAUUGCUUACCUAGAUUUCAGUAAGGCUUUGACACUGUUGCACAUAGAAGGCUUAUCAAUAAACUGCAAUCUUUAAGUUUGGAUUCCAAUAUUGUUGAAUGGGUAAGGCAGUGGCUGAGUGACAGGCAACAGAGGGUUGUAGUUAAUGGAAUAUAUUAGAAGCUUGGACUUGUCACCAGUGGGGUACCUCAGGGAUCUGUACUUGGACCCAUUCUCUUUAAUAUUUUUAUUAGUGAUAUUGCAGAAGGUCUUGAUGGUUAGGUAUGUCUUUUUGCUGAUGAUACUAAGAUAUGUAACAGGGUUGAUGUUCCAGGAGGGAUAAGCCAAAUGACAAAUGAUUUAGGUAAACUAGAAAAUGGUCAGAAUUGUGGCAACUGACAUUUAAUGUGGAUAAGUGCAAGAUAAUGCAUCUUGGACGAAAAAACCCAAGGGCAGAGUACAGAAUAUUUGAUAGAGUCCUAACCUCAACAUAUGAGGAAAGGGAUUUAGGGGUGAUUAUUUCUGAUGACUUAAAAGGUAGGCAGACAAUGUAAUAGAGCAGCAGGAAAUGCUAGCAGAAUGCUUGGUUGUAUAGGGAGAGAGGUAUUAGCAGUAGAAAGAGGGAAGUGCUCAUGCCAUUGUACAGAACACUGGUGAGACCUCACUUGGAGUAUUGUACACAGUACUGGAGACCUUAUCUUCAGAAGGAUAUUGAUACCUUAGAGAGGGUUCAGAGAAGGGCUACUAAACUGGUUCAUGGAUUGUGGGAUAAAACUUACCAGGAAAGGUUAAAGGAUCUUAACAUGUAUAGCUUGGAGGAAAGGCGAGACAGGGGGGAUAUGAUAGAAACAUUUAAAUAUAUAAAGGGAAUCAACACAGUAAAGGAGGAGACUAUAUUUAAAAGAAGAAAAACUACCACAGCAAGAGGACAUAGUCUUAAAUUAGAGGGACAAAGGUUUAAAAAUAAUAUCAGGAAGUAUUACUUUACUGAGAGGGUAGUGGGUGCAUGGAAUAGCCUUCCAGCUGAAGUGGUAGAGGUUAACACAGUAAAGGAGUUUAAGCAUGCGUGGGAUAGGCAUAAGGCUAUCCUAACUAUAAGAUAAGACUAGGGACUAAUGAAAGUAUUUAGAAAAUUGGGCAGACUAGAUGGGCCGAAUGGUUCUUAUCUGCCGUCACAUUCUAUGUUUCUUUGACCAAAAUCGAGUUCUUUGGCAUCAGCUCAACUCGUCGUGUUUGGAGGAGGAGGAAUGCUUCCUAUGACCCCAAGAACACCAUCCCCACCGUCAAACGUGGAGGAGGAAACCUUAUACCAAUGUAACGGAUCGCCUGGGACCCCGACUGGGUACCUCCGUUAAAGGAUGCUCCUAGUGCUUCCUGAGGACUCCAAGCACUCUGGCAGACACCACAAUCACCGAACCGGAGAAACAAAUAAAUUCUCCCAAGCAUAUGAAUGCUGUAGACAGUUGAAUAGGAACCAUACGAAUAGGUUUACUCUCCUAGCAGUCAAACUGGAACAGCAUACAAUAAAUCCUUCCCCCAAUAAUGAGGCGACACUUCACUUUGAGGGUUAAGCAGGAACUCCCUGUACUGUCACAUACAGUCUCUUUUAUUCCCAAUCCACAAACAUAGUACAGCCCACAGGGCGUUACAAAACAACCAAUCAAUCCGUACAAUACACCCAGACACUCCCACACAAAAUCCUCUUCUCUGCAUGUGAUAUGAUUACUGAACACAAUGGGUAAUCUCAUUAUCACCGGCAGAGGAAUACAGUUUUUACACAAUAUUUAUAACUCCUAAAAUAUAAAUGUCACAAACAUAAAACAUACAUUUUCAUAAUCAAUCCAUUCAGGGGAACAACAUAUUAAAAAAUGGCACGAAUCAGACCAGUGGUUCAAAAGUUAAGGGAAAGUCCUUUGUGACUAAAUGAAGCAUGGCUUUCCGGCCCAAACCAGUUUCAGAGUCUUCUAUCCUGGAGAUAAGUAAUUCAAUUAUCUCCCAGGACAGACACAAGACUCCAUUAAGCACAUAGUUGCAAAAAGACACAAAACACUUUAAAAUACAUAAAGUCACCUUUUAUACAUAAAACACAGACAUGUCACAUAUCCCCAGAUAGCUGGGAUCUGUGCGCACAAAACUACCAAAUAGCGCUCAGAUCCUAUUCACACAGUUCAAUUGCCAUGGAGCCGAAGUCUUUAACUACACGAAUGGGCUCCAUGGCAUAGCUAUCUGGGUUAAGACAUUCACAUAAAGUCUGGUCCAUAGUCCAAAGGCAAGAGGCGGGCAAGCAGCCCCCUCCAAGGACACGUGGCGCAGUCGGUUUCGCCACAGUGUUUUUCUGCUACGGGGACAGGACAACUGCACCGCAUCAAAUAGAUGAUGCAAGGGGCCAGGUACCAUCAAAUCUUGCCGAGCAGCAAUCAAAUCCACAGGAGAGUUUGUGCUAAGCAGAAAUUAUGCAAAUGGGAACCUGGUAACUGUCUUUGGGGUCAAAGGCCGGUUACAGCCCAUCAGAUCUAGAGGAGGGGUAUUUAGGCCCAGUUCUCAUCCUGCUCAGUGCCCUGUCGUGGUUUCCCUAGUGGUUGUCCGAGAGCACGUUCCUGAUUCAAGUUUCUUCUGUUUUUUUACUUUGGCUUUGAUUUUGACUUCCCUGUAUUCUGGUAUCCCUGACUUCUGGCUUUCCCUUAUCGUUGUCUCUUUCUGUAUCCCCUGACCUCGGCAAGUAUCCUGACCAGUGGUGUAUCUUGGUUUUGUGCUGCCUUAGGCAGGACAAAAUUAAGGCACCCUCCUCCCCACCCCCCCGCGCCACUCCCACCCAAUCCUUCCACCCGCCCCGCCUUCUAAAUACACACACACAUUCACUGACAGAUACGCAUACACUAACUAACAGAAACACCCUCACACUCACUAAGUCACACACAGACACACACUAACAGACACACACACUCACUAACAGACACACACUCACUCACAGGCAAACACACUCACACUAACAGACACACACACACACUCACACACACUAACAGACACUCACACUCACUAACAGACACACACUCACUCACUAACAGACACACACACACACACACUAACAGACACACACACAUACUCACAUUAACACAUUUUUUUUUUAAAUUCAACUCCCCCCCCAGCCUCCUUACCUUUGGGAAUGCUGGGGGGGUUUCUAUUUCUGGCUGCUGGGCGGAUGGCGCUGGCGGGCGGCUGGCGAGGGAGCACUUCCUCUGAGCACUCUGCUCAGCUCCCGUGCGCACCGUAGAGCGAUGCCGGGAGCCGGAAUAUGACCUCAUAUUACGGCUCCCAGCCUCACUCUGCGGCGCGCGAGGGAGCUGAGCAGACAGCUCAGAGGAAGUGCUCCCCCGCCCAGCAGCCCGACCGGCGUGUCAGUUAGCCGCAAGGCUAACAAGACAUUUGCCCUGGGCAUUUGGGGGCGGCUUUUUUUGCCGCCCCAUGGAAAAUGCCGCCCAAGGCAAAUGCCUUGUUUGCCUUGCGGCUAAAACGGCCCUGAUCCUGACUACUCUUUGGCACGUUAAGUCCGGCCAUUUUAAGGCCUAGUAAUACAUUACCUAUUCGUCAUCUGUGUUACACAAUUCUUCGUGCUGGAUCAACUAGUAAUCCUGACAUGAAUGCCAACAAGGGUUUUGCCACCAAGUACUAAGUCGAAGGGGUCAAAUACUUAUUUCACUCAUUGACAUGCAAAUCAAUUUAUAACUUUUUUGACAUGUGUUUUUCUGGAUUUGUUUGGUUAUUCUGUCUCUCACUGUUAAAAUACACCUACCAUUAAAAUUAUAGACUGAUCAUUUCUUUGUCAGUGGGCAAACGUUCAAAAUCAGCAAGGGAUCAAAUACUUUUUUCCCUCAUUGUAUAUAGUUUAAAUUUUCUCAUAUAUAUUUUUGCAUGUUUACAAAAAUAACUUUAGAGAAGUUGUACCUUCUACAGAAGUUUUAUAUUGUGUUUUUUUUUUUUUUUAAUAUAUACAUUUCUUUAUAUACUUUGUUAAAUAGUUAUAUAUGUUCAUAUGAUGUAUUCCACGAUGUACCUGUUAUUUUAAUGGCAGUUCAUGUAUUUAAUCAUAUACAGUUAAAUUUCUAACAGGAAAUAAUGGAAAGGCUAUCAUGCAGACUGGGGGUCUUAACCCCUUAAAACCGCAGGACGUACAAUUACGCCCUCUAAUAGGCGGCUCUAAACGCCGCCGGGCGUAAUUGUACGCCCUCCGGUUUUUGUUAACUUACCCGGUCGCCGGCGGUCCCACGCCGGCGAUCGCGGUGGGGGGGACUCCCAGGGAGCCCCCCGCGGCACAUCCGUCCUCGUUGAAGCCCCCCGGCUAUGUGAGAGUGGGGUCCUAGCGAGGACCCCACAAUCACAUGGCCGGGUAUAGCUGGCUUCUGUAUUGCCGGCAGGGGGGCUGCCUGUAAUUACAGGUGGUCAGGCUGAAAAUAAAAUAAAAAUAAGUUAAUGGUGUAAAAAAAAAUAAUUAUAUAUACUUAGAUCAUAUGUAUAUAUUAUAUAUAUAUGAUCUAAGUAUAUAUAUACACAUAUACAUACACACACAUACACCGUCUAGGUGUAUUUUACUAUUAAUAUAUAUAUAAUUAUAUAUAUAUAUAUAUAUUAAUAUCAAAUUACACGUAGACUGAUACUGAUUAAAUAUAUAUAUAAUUGUUAUAUAUAUAUUUAUAUAUAAUAUAAAAAAAUAAAAAUGUAAAUACGUUAAAAAAUAAAAUUAAAAAAAUAAUUAAAAAUAAAUAAUUAAAAAAUAUAUAGAUGUGUGUUAUUUCGUUCUAACUGUUUUGUGAAAUUAAUAUAUAUAUAUAUAUAUAUAUAUAUCAAAAUACACGUAGAACGAAAUAAUAUAUCUAUAUACAUAAAUAUAUACGUAUAUAUCACUAUAUAUAUACCUAUAUAUAAAUAAAAAUAUUUUUUAAAAAUUAUAUAGAUAUAUACAUAUAUAUACACAUACGUAUAUAUAUACAUAUAUUAAUUCUACAUAUAUAUUUAUGUAAUAUUUUUGCAUAAUUAGGUAUCUUAAUUAAUUACAAUUAGCAGGACCUGCCUGACAACCCAUGCCGAAAGUAAAGGGAAUUUAAUUUGCUAGCACUAUAUUUAACCCUAUAACUUUCCGAGACACCAUAAAACCUGUACAUGGGGGGUACUGUUCUACUCAGGAGACUUCGCUGAACACAAAUAUUAGUGUUUAAAAACAGUAAAAUGUAUUACAAUUAUGAUAUCGCCAGUAAAAGUGACGUUUUUUGCAUUUUUCACGCACAAACAGCAUUACACGGACAAUAUUAUUGCUGUGAUACUUUUUACUGUUUUGAAACACAAAUAUUUGUGUUCAGCUAAGUCUCCCGAGUACAACAGUACCCCUCAUGUACAGGUUUUAUGGUGUUUUCAAAAGUUACAGCGUCAAAUAUAAGGCUUGCAUUUGAUUGUUUUUCACAUUAAAAUUCGCCACAUUGGUUACGUUGCCUUUGAGACCCUAUGGUAGCCCAAGAAUGAAAAUUACCCCUAUGAUGGCAUACCAUUUGCAAUAGUAGACAACCCAAGGUAUUGCAAAUGGGGUAUGUCCAGUCUUUUUAGUAGCCACUUAGUCACAAACACUGGCCAAAAUUGGCGUUUUUUGCAUUUUUCACACACAAACAAAUACUAACGCUAACUUUGGCCAGUGUUUGUGACCAAAUGGCUACUAAAAAAGACUGGACAUACCCCAUUUGUAAUACCUUGGGUUGUCUACUAUUGCAAAUGGUAUGCCAUUAUGGGUGUAAAUUUCAUUCCCGGCUACUAUACAGUCUCAAAGGCAACGUAACCAAUCUGGCGAAUUUCAAUUUCAAAUGUAACAUGCUAUAUUUGACCCUGUAACUUCCCAAAACGCCAUAAAACCUGUACAUAGGGGGUACUGUCUUACACGUGAGACUUUACUAAAUACAAAUAUGUGUAUUUUAUUGCAGUAAAAUCAAACAGUAUUAUGACACUGACCUUUAAAAUGUAAUUUAGAACUAAAAAAAUAAAAAAAAUCGUAUUUUCUCCCAUUUUUUUCAUAUUAAAUUAUGUUUCAUAGCUAAAUAUUUGAUAUUAAAUGAAAGCCCUGUUUCCCCUGAAUAAAAUGAUAUAUAAUAAGGGUGGGUGCAUUUACUAUGAAAGAGGUGUAUUACGGUUGGACAGACAUGUAGCGCAAAUGCCAGGUUUUGUUUACAUUUUGUUUUGUUCACAAUGUGUACAUUUGGCUCCGUCCUUAAGGGGUUAAUCUAUAUUAGUUUGAGUAAAGGGUGCUAUCUGCCGCCAUUUGAAUGAAAUAAAAAAACCAUUAUUAUAAACUAAGAUAAUCUCACUCAUUGCCUUUUUAAAAGAUCCCUUCUGACACACAGUUUUGAUGCAGUAAAGGGUUACUUGAUAUUAUUCUUCCACCUGGUUAUCUGCAACAAGGUAAAACGGAAACUGAAUACAUUAAACAGUUUAGAUAUUUACAGAUGAGAUGGCCAUCGGUUCAGUUUCAUAUUCACUCUGUUAUUGAUUGAAAUUGCAUCUUAAUGUACAGCCCUGUGUGUUAUUUUUAAUACAUUGUUCUGGGCAUCAUAAAUUAAUUUGUCAGAAAAAUCUAUGGAUUUAUAAGAUUCAUUAUGUUCUCAUUUACCAACAAAUGAGUUUCAUUAUUUGCUUUUUAAACCUUGAUCACAGAUAUAUUAACCUACACAUCCUUCUCAACUCAAAUGAUGAUUACUAUGUUAAGACGUAAAAAUGACUAUUACAAAUGAUUACUGUGUUAAGACGUAAAUGUCAGUGUGCUUACCGCAGUUUGAUUUCGAGCUGUUGCUGUGUCUUACAGUAUAUUUGGUAACGCACUAAUGUAAUGUACUUUGAACUGUCUCCUUCUCACCUUCCCAAUGUUCACUGUAAUGUAGUUUACACAACAAAUCACCAUUAUAGCUACACUUACUGGUGAGAAUAACCGUUAAAUUGUGACCUAUUUAAUGACAUUUGUUGAAUCACUUGAAUUGCAGCAAAAGUUUCUAAUGCACAUAUCAUAUGUAAAUAUAUAUACAGAUAUAUACACACGCACAAACACACACAGAAAAACUUUAUUCUAUGAAUAAGAGUUGUACACGCACUAUGUCACAUGAACACUGUUUUUUUGUAUUUUUUUUUUUUUUUUUAUUGAUUCAAACCUUUCUGUGGAUGGUGUACAACUGUUUGUUUAUAAUGCAAAAACAUUGAAAGCAUUUCCUUCAAAUCUUUUUUUUAUUAUUUAUUUAUUUUUAUUUUUUAGCUCAAACACCUGUCCAGCCUGGACCUGCGUCACAUCACGAAGCUAGACAAUGAAACUGUGAUGGAAGUUGUGAGACGAUGUCACAGUCUUACGUCUCUUAAUCUCUGCCUGAACAGGAGCAUUAAUGACAGGUACAGCUGUAAACAACUUCACAACUCUUGUCUUUGUUGCCACGAACGCCCUACUGUUUAGAUAUCAAAAAUUCUGUACUUCGCACUUGGGAAAGUAGGUCCCCCCCCUCAUUAUCAUUAUGGCGUUUUACAAAAUAUAUAGAAUCCUCUGCUGUUUAUAUGUAAUUGCUUCUGUGUUCAGUGUGUUCACGUCACUGCUUUGCUCUGUAUUUGCACGCCUUUCAUACUGAAAGGCAGGGACGGAUUUUUCAUUUGGCAGAAUAGGCACUUGUCCUGUAUGGGGAAGUAGAUCGCUUAUGAAAUUUUCAUUAAACUACAAUAUAUGUUUAGAAUCAUUCUGUGUAAGAAUACACUUUGGCUCGUCCCAAACGGUAUUUUCAAAUUCCUAAUAAGUACGAGAUAAUAAAAAACUGUCACCCAGUUCCUCAGCACGUCGUGGGCAAUUUUUCAGUGCUGGAAGUUUUGUGUUGUACAUCGAUAGCUUAGUUCGCUAUUUCAUUGCCACUUACCUCCAAGAGGUCCUGCUGUGUAACAACUCAAACUGUUUUUAAAUGGAAUACUUCUUGCACAAUUUAUUUUCUUUCUUACAAAAGUCAGUUCCUGUAAGAGGGUGUAAGUUCUCUUGUUUUGCAAAUAAAUUGUGAUUAUACCACAUUUGUCAAUAUUUUAUUAAACCCCAAGCAAUGAAUACAAUUAUCAGCAGCUAAUUGUAAUAUUGUAAUAUUGCAAUAUUUUACAAUCAUGGUGCUUUUCCUCUGUUCCAACAGCUCACAUUAGCUCAGAGCAAACUCCUAUUUAUGUUGUUCUGUUGUUAUAGAAAGGUUGCCUUUGAAAAUGUGUAUGCACUUUUACAUGGUUUAUUUUUUUAUAGAACAAUAUGUGUUAGCUAAUGAGGUUAUGAUGAUUGCUUACAGGGAAACAGCACUUCAAGUACAAAUCGCGUGUCUCUUUUCUGGCAAGUAAUUAGAUGCUGUACAGAAAGGAUUUUUUUUUUUUAACUGUAGAUUUGAAAGGAUUUAUUGUUACUCUAAACUCCAUUGCUGUUUUCCAUAUACUUUUCUAACUAUGCAGUUUUUCAAUAUUUCAGAUAUACAUUCCCUGUCUUAUGUUGGUAAAAGUAACAUUGAUGAAUGUUAUUUGCAGUAUAUUUGCAUAGAGAGAACCUCAUGUACGAAAGCAGGUUGGCAGAUAUUAUUAUAUAAUGUAGGAAUUUAACAAACUUUCCUGCACCGGGGAGUUAUGUAAAUUGGGUGGGCGGGGGGAGCAAGUACAAUGAUUUACAAAGCACAACAUAUUCUGCAGCGCUGUGCAAUAUAUUAACCGAGACAAAUAAUUAAGUCUUGCCCUGCCCAAACAAGCUUACAAUCUAAAAGGAAGUUAAUUUUGUGCAGAAAAUGUAAAAGAACUCUAUAGGGUCAGAAACACAAACGUGAUAGUGUUAAAAACCCCUUCUAGCCCCCCUGCCCACCCCUUGCUCCCUUAAAUAUAGUAAAAUUGUACCUUUAUUGCAGUCUGCUGCUCCUGGCUCUAUUCUUGACCUUCCUGCUUGGCUGUCAUCAUCAGAAGUGUUGAUCUGAGCCAAUCACAAUGCUUUCCCAUAGGAAAGCAUUGGAUUGGCUGAGACUGUCAAAUAUGCAGAUCAGGGGCAGAGCCAGCACAAGCCAAACACAGCCCUGGCCAAUCAGUAUCUCCUUAUAGAGAUACAUUGAAUCAAUGCAUCUGUAUGAGGAAAGUUCAGUGUCUGCAUGGAGAGGGUGGAGUCACUAAAUGGCAGUCACACUGUGCAGCACUGCCCCCAAGAAGCUCCUCUAGGAGCCAUCUGACGAGUGGCCAGUGGAGUUAUCACUAGGCUUAUAGGUGUGCGCAGAAAAAAUAGGGGAGGAGGAGUCUGCGCUAUAUAGCAAAAAUAAAAUAAGAGCUGCAACCCUCUAAAGGGAAUCCCUCAAGAACCCUAAUAAAAUUGUAAAGAAAAGAGAAGGGGUGAAGGGCUGCGCUAGAUACAGGUAAAUAAAAUUUAUAAAAUAAUAGUAGGAUAAAAAUAUGCAGUAAAAAAAUAUGCAGUAAAAAGUACAAUAAGAAUGUGUGAAACAAAGUCCGUGCACUAGUAGUGAUAAAACUUAAAAAGUCCAAUAACAUGCAUAAAAGACGUCUCACUGAUAUGUGGAUGAGCUAUACAGGGAGUGCAGAAUUAUUAGGCAAGUUGUAUUUUUGAGGAUUAAUUUUAUUAUUGAACAACAACCAUGUUCUCAAUGAACCCAAAAAACUCAUUAAUAUCAAAGCUGAAUAUUUUUGGAAGUAGUUUUUAGUUUGUUUUUAGUUAUAGCUAUGUUAGGGGGAUAUCUGUGUGUGCAGGUGACUAUUACUGUGCAUAAUUAUUAGGCAACUUAACAAAAAACAAAUAUAUACCCAUUUCAAUUAUUUAUUAUUACCAGUGAAACCAAUAUAACAUCUCAACAUUCACAAAUAUACAUUUCUGACAUUCAAAAACAAAACAAAUCAGUGACCAAUAUAGCCACCUUUCUUUGCAAGGACACUCAAAAGCCUGCCAUCCAUGGAUUCUGUCAGUGUUUUGAUCUGUUCACCAUCAACAUUGCGUGCAGCAGCAACCACAGCCUCCCAGACACUGUUCAGAGAGGUGUACUGUUUUCCCUCCUUGUAAAUCUCACAUUUGAUGAUGGACCACAGGUUCUCAAUGGGGUUCAGAUCAGGUGAACAAGGAGGCCAUGUCAUUAGAUUUUCUUCUUUUAUACCCUUUCUUGCCAGCCACGCUGUGGAGUACUUGGACGCGUGUGAUGGAGCAUUAUCCUGCAUGAAAAUCAUGUUUUUCUUGAAGGAUGAAGACUUCUUCCUGUACCACUGCUUGAAGAAGGUGUCUUCCAGGAACUGGCAGUAGGACUGGGAGUUGAGCUUGACUCCAUCCUCAACCCGAAAAGGCCACACAAGCUCAUCUUUGAUGAUACCAGCCCAAACCAGUACUCCACCUCCACCUUGCUGGCGUCUGAGUCGGACUGGAGCUCUCUGCCCUUUACCAAUCCAGCCACGGGCCCAUCCAUCUGGCCCAUCAAGACUCACUCUCAUUUCAUCAGUCCAUAAAACCUUAGAAAAAUCAGUCUUGAGAUAUUUCUUGGCCCGUCUUGACGUUUCAGCUUGUGUGUCUUGUUCAGUGGUGGUCGUCUUUCAGCCUUUCUUACCUUGGCCAUGUCUCUGAGUAUUGCACACCUUGUGCUUUUGGGCACUCCAGUGAUGUUGCAGCUCUGAAAUAUGGCCAAACUGGUGGCAAGUGGCAUCGUGGCAGCUGCACGCUUGACUUUUCUCAGUUCAUGGGCAGUUAUUUUGCGCCUUGGUUUUUCCACACGCUUCUUGCGACCCUGUUGACUAUUUUGAAUGAAACGCUUGAUUGUUCGAUGAUCACGCUUCAGAAGCUUUGCAAUUUUAAGAGUGCUGCAUCCCUCUGCAAGAUAUCUCACUAUUUUUGACUUUUCUGAGCCUGUCAAGUCCUUCUUUUGACCCAUUUUGCCAAAGGAAAGGAAGUUGCCUAAUAAUUAUGCACACCUGAUAUAGGGUGUUGAUGUCAUUAGACCACACCCCUUCUCAUUACAGAGAUGCACAUCACCUAAUAUGCUUAAUUGGUAGUAGGCUUUCGAGCCUAUACAGCUUGGAGUAAGACAACAUGCAUAAAGAGGAUUAUGUGGUCAAAAUACUCAUUUGCCUAAUAAUUCUGCACUCCCUGUAUAUGUACAGUCCUCAAAGGUUAAUCCUUCCGAAUUUCCAGGGAAUCCGUAUAUGAAAGAUAAAAAUAUAAACACACUUCCAAUGGUAUAGUAUGUACUGAGAGGAUUAGCAAAAUUGAAUAAAAUGGAGGAUAGUAAACUCACAUUUGUUGGAGCUUAGGACCAGCUCUUAGUUGUAAAGCACUUAGCGGUAUAAUCCCCGCUAAUGGAUAUUCUGUGAGGUUAGGUCACUCCGUCCGGCUUUGGUUCUGUAGGAUUUCGCACGGUAUAUAAAAACAAAUAUAGUGCUCUCAGUAGGAAGGGAAAAUGUAAAAUAAAAUAAAAUAAGUUAUACUCACAAUGGUAGAGCAGGGAGUACUGCUCUAUUUAUAAUGCGCCGGUGGAAUAAUCCCCACCUGUGGAUUGCUUUAAGCAGGAACAGUUAGAUGCCAGGAGAAAAAUAAAAAAUAGUGUUUAUACAAUAAAACAAAAAUGGUCCUAUUAAUAAGGGUACCAAAUAAAAGUUUUUAUUGUUAAAAUACACAGUAAAAAACCAUUUAACGCGUUUCACCUCAUGGGCUUUAUCAAAAAUGGCUAAAGGAUAGUAACCUGGCAUAAAACAGUAUUUAUAAUUAUAUGCAGAAGUUUAAAAUUGGCGCCUAAAACAGUGCACCAAUUACAAGCAAGGGAUAACAUAAACGUUUUUUGCAAUUACAAAAUGACACAAAAAUUGGUAUACAUAUAAAGGGAGUGAAUGUAUACAUCAUAGUAUAUUAGGUUUAUAAAAACGAGCAUUAGUUUGAACAAUAUUUAGUACUAAAAACCGUCACGUGAUCUGGAACAAUGUCACGUGAUCGGACGGGAGCGGCGAAUAGCACGCCGCUCACUAAAAAGAAGAGCGUUGUCUACAGAGGGCACGUGACCGGCGAAAGGAGAGCAGAGGCUCUCGGGGAAUGUGGUUUUCGCCGGUCACUACCCUCAUUUAGGGGAAACAGUGGGCGGCUGACUGGAGGCACCAAUAGUCAGCCACUCACCAGCAUAUAAGCAACAGAAGCCCUCAUAGCACACAAUUAAUAGAAACCCUUUUGAUAAAAUCUAAUACUUUUGGCAAAAAUAUAUAAAUAAAACCUUUAUGAAUGAAAUAUAAUAAUAAAACAUGUUUUAAAAAAGAUAAAAACGGAUUUCAUGGUUAUAAUGUAUAUAUAUAUACAUAAAGACAAUUGUAACACAUAGCUUUUUACACUGGUGGAUACUGCUAUUAUAUUUUAAAAUCACAUCAUAGGUGUGCGCAGCCUAUUGUAUAAGGGUGUGCACCCUAAAGCACAAACACACAUGCCGCGUAUAUAUAUAUAUAUAUAUAUAUACACACAUAUACUGUUGUGUAGGUGCUGUGUGUGUAGGUGCUGUGUGUGUGUGUGUUUGCAGGCUGUGUGUGUGUGAAGGCGCUGUGUGUGUGUGUUUGCAGGCUGUGUGUGUGUGAAGGCGCUGUGUGUGUAAGGGUGAUGUAUGUGUGUGAUGUUAGUGUAAGGGUGCUGUGUGUGUGUAAGGGUGCUGUUAGUGUGAGGGUACUGUUAGUGUGUGUGUGUGUGUGUAUUGUUUGGGGGCCGUAGUUAAUAUCCACCCUCCCUUCUUACCUUUUGUAGGGAGGGAGGACCUUGCUGCUGCCAUCCCUGAUGGUCCAGUGGUGAGUGAACUCUAGCCCCGCAGCCUGCGGGGCUAGAGUUCAUUCUCGCGAGAUCUGACCCUUGCCGUGGUAACCGCGGCAACGCUCCGACCUCGCAAGAGGAACGAGGCAGAGCUGCUGGCAAGAGCUCCCCGGGUCCUCUCCUGCCUCCCUCACUUCCUGUGGGCCGGUGAGGGAGAUAUUUGGAGGGAGGCACAUAGCGCGGGCCACAGGGAUUAGGGUGUGCCCAGGCACACCUGGCACACCCCGUGCACACGCCUAUGACUAGGCUGUAAUGUAAACACUGCAUUUUCUCUGAAAAAACUGUGUUUACUGCAAAAAGCCUGGAGGGAAUGAUUAUACUCACCAGAACAAAUUCAAUAAGAUGUAAUUGUUCUGGUGACUAUAGUGUCCCUUUAAUGGAGUGCUUACACUGGGUUUAUUCUUUUUUCUGGUAACUGGGAUGUGAGAUAGGGGCUUGAAAUUGUGACUUUGCUGUCAAACCUUGAUUAGCUGGAGAGGUGUGAUAUAAACGCUUCAUGCAGUUACCUAGUUAACACUGACGGUUGCUCACUGUGUUUUGUAGAGGAGUCCGUUAAAAUAAAAUCUAUACUUUAUAUAAAAAAAGUACACACUACAUAGAUAUGCCUCUUUACAGCCACCCACAAUUUUACAACUUACACCUAUAUAUACACAUGCUUUUAAAAAAACCCAUCAUUUUCAUACCUAUAUACACACGUCUUGACUGCACAUGCUUUUAAAACCAUACAUUCGCCCACAUACACAUAAACUGUAUUUUGUAAAGUAAAUUGAAACAAUAGCUAGCUCCUGUUGUUGUUUUUUUUAGCUUCUAGAUUCUAUAGAAAGUUGUCAAGCCCUAAUUUAAGUACAUUUAUUUGUUUAAAAUGUUAUACCAGGAUGAAUGUAUUGAGGUAUAUGUGGUUUUCAAGGAUGUCCUGGGAUCCUCGAACAAUAUGAUUUUAAACUACUCAUCAUGAAUAACCAUUGACAUUGUUACAAGAUGGUUCGAUCGGAGCUUGAGAUACGCCAUUUCUUAGAUUGUGGACUGUGUAAGCUAACGUCUUGUCGGUAAUAAUGCAUAGAGCCUUUACAUGUCGGAAGAAAGUUGUAUAGUAUAGGAAUGCUGCAAUGCAAUAGUGGCUACACAUGCACAAAGCAUAACAUGAUAACUAGGAAGGAGAUGUAUGUGCAAGAAUCCAAGAUUCUCAGGAGUGCAAUGUUAACAUUACAUUCAAGCUAAAGACCAGACUGCAAAAGCACCAAUCUUGAGAGAUUCUCAGAACAUGAUCCAGGGCAUGUUAAGGAUUCACCUCUCAGAUACUACGACCGUGAUUUCUCCACUGUAAUAAUCAAAUAGUAGAACUGGUCUAUUAAAUGGACAUUAUAGUCACCCAGACCGCUUCAUCUCAAUGCAGUAUUCCAGGUACAGAGGUCCUGUCAUUUUUAAUCCUGCAAUGUAAAACAUUUAGAAUGCAGGGUUAUAUCCGACACUAGUAGCUCUGUCUUCCUGACAGUCAUUAGAGGUGCUUCCUCCUCCAGACCGAGUAAAACUCUGUCUGGGAAUCAACCGCCAUGCAUGUGUACCUCCAAUCCAAGGCUUCUCUAUGAGAAACAAUGAAUUGGAGGGAUUGAGAAGAUGCCUUCAGGUAUACUGACAUAUUUGAAGACUGAACAGAAAGCUGCAGCAGAGAAGUCCCUGCACAUACUUUUUUCAAGACUAUAUAUUCCCUAUAAGGGGGGGGAGAGUCAACAAAAUUGAAAGCUGUGUUCUUCUUAGAAACAAACCUCUGAUUGCUUUCAGGAGGUAACUCAGGUUAAUAAAUGGCAUAAUGCGUUUUGUACCUUUUAUGACACUCCCUCAGACCCCCGUUCUUCUCCUUUGUGAGGAGAUUCAAUAAAAGGCAAGUGAAAAGGUUCAAUUCAUAGCAUUGUACUGAGAUUCACCUUGCAAGUUGUUAUGGCGUUUUAACUAAAAAGAAUAAAACUUUCAUUUUUUAUGACCUUGACAAUAGAGACUGUUUCAUGGCUUUUCCCUUAACAUACCCAGUAUGUAGUUCAGACUGUAUUGUGUAUUAAUACAUGCUUUGUUUAUGAUUUGAAUGCACUGUAACAUUCAACCUGCCCUGUGUAAAUUUCUAAUGCUGUAUAAUCCAUGGCCAUUGUAACUAUUUACUGCAGUUUCCCGUAUUUCUCCAGAAUGCUUCUUUAACCCCUUAAGGACACAUGACAUGUGACACAUGUCAUGAUUCCCUUUUAUUCCAGAAGUUUGGUCCUUAAGGGGUUAAAGAGCCAUCACUUUCUUAAAAAUCCUUUCAAACACUUACCCGAUUCCAGGGUGGAAGUCCCUCCGCGCAGUCUCCAUGUCUCCAUCAACAUUAUCGCAAG